GUACGGACGGUAAGAUACCGGAAGAGUCGUAUUUUGAUGUUGAAGUUUAAAUGUACCUUUCGUGGACAUGGUGUUUCUGAAGGAAGAUUCCUCGGAUGGUGGCCAAAAAGUGGGAGCCUGACCAGCAGAUUUACCUGGAUUAAAAGAAUGGACGAAACCUUGCCACCGUUAUUUACAUUUGGAGUCAUUGCCGACAUCCAAUAUGCUGAUAUUGAAGACGGCUUUAAUUUUUUGCACACAAGAAAGCGAUAUUAUAGGAAUAGCUUGCGCUUGCUGCACAGAGCUAAUGAAAAGUGGAAAGAAGAAGCAGUACAGCCUAGCUUCAUUAUCCAGCUCGGUGAUGUCAUUGAUGGGUUCAACAAGAAGUACAAUGCCUCGGAAACGGCUCUGGAAACGGUUGUGAAUGAGCUGGGCAAGAGUGCAAUUGAAGUACACCAUGUGUGGGGCAACCAUGAAUUUUAUAACUUCAGUAGAGACGAACUUUUGAUCUCGGCAUUGAACAGCAGAACCAUGAAUGAUACAUUGUCUGAAGACACAACUGAAAGCGGUAAUGUCUCUAACACAGAAGAGAGCUAUGCUUAUCAUUUCAGCCCGGCUCCACAUUUCCGCUUUGUCGUGCUUGAUGCAUAUGAUUUGAGUCUUAUCGGGCGAAAAGAACCCAAUGUGAGCUAUUACCAAGCACUGGAGCUCAUACAAGCGCACAAUGACAACGAUGACCUCAAUUUCCCGCCAGCACUUGGGGGACUAGAACAAAGAUUUGUGAAAUUCAAUGGAGGAUUCAGCCAGGGCCAGCUUGAUUGGUUCGACCGAUUGUUAACACUCUCAGAUGAGAAACUUGAAAAGGUCAUAGUUGUCAGUCACCUGCCUGUGCAUCCCUACUCAACAGAUCCCAUUUGUCUUGCCUGGAACUAUGAAAGAGUGCUCUCUAUUUUACACUCUCACAAAUGUGUAGUGUGUUUUAUGGCAGGGCAUGACCACGAUGGGGGUUACUACAGGGACGACUGUGGAGUGCACCAUCUCACAUUUGAGGGGGUGAUUGAGACCCCACCAGAGAGUGAUGCAUUUGGAACGGUGUAUGUGUAUGAAGACAGGAUGGCUUUGAAAGGCAAUGGCAGGGUUGCUGACAGAGUUCUCCUGUAUCCCUAAGGCUAUAAUAAACCUGCAGGGUUUAAAAUCUUCAUAGUUUCACCAUAAGUUUUAAAAGGAUAGUAAAUGUGAAUAUAAGUUGUAAACAGAUCGGCAUCAAUUGCUGAAUUGUCAAGAUGGACAUGACUAAUUUGGUUCUGGUAUAUUCUAGAACGAAUUGGCAUGAACUAAGUGACUAACCUUCAUGUUUGAACUGAAGCUUGUACAGCAGGAUUGUACCUCAAAUUGAAUUUGAGUCUUAAGUAUAUUUAUUAUUGAAGUAAUCAGAUUGUUAUUGUUUAAUCAUGAAUCAGAAUGAGAAAAUUACACAUUUUAUUUAUAAUUUUGUUCCGUAUUCCAUACAGUGCUUUCCAUAAGUCUUUAGACAGUGGUACAAUUUCAAUUAUUCUUGCUCUGUACUCCAGCGCAAUAGAUUUGAAAUGCAACAAUGAAUAUGAGGUUAAAGUGUACAUUGUCACCUUUGGGUAAUCCAUUUGCAUCUUAUAAGAAUUGCAUCUCUUUUUGUGCAUAUGUAGACCCUGUUAUUUUGUGUGACUAAUCAGUCGCUUCCAUAGUGCAGGUAUAAGAGCCUUCAGUAGGCCUAUUGAGUCUUGAUUCCAGGCUUUUGAUUGCCUUUGGAGUCUGUUAUUGGCGUUCGUGAACAUGAGGAACACAGUUUUGCCUGUGACAGAAAAUGAAGCCAUUAUGAGUACAGAGCCAAAACAAAUGAAAUCAUGUCGCUGUCCAAAUACUUAUGGUCUGUGUAUAUACAUCAAUGAGCCAAAAUAUAACCACCUGCCUAAUAUGCUGUUGGUCCUCAAUGUGCUGCCAAAACAGCUCUGACCUGCUGAGGCAUGGACUCUACAAGACCUCUGCAGGUGCCGUAUGGUAUGUGCCACCAACACGUUAGCAGCUGAUUCCUUAAGUCCUGUAUGUUGUGAGGUGGAGCUGCCGUGGAUCGGACUUGUUUUUCCAGCACAUCCUUGAGAUGCUCAAUCAGAUUGAGAUCUGGGGAAUUCGGAGGCCAGGGCAAGAUCUUGAACUCGUCUUCAUGUUCUUCAAACCGUGCCAGACCAUGAGUGCAGUAUGGCAGAGUGCAUUAUCAUGUUGAAAGAGGCCACUGCCAUCAGGGAAUACUGUUGCCAUGAAGGGGUGUACCUGGUCUGCAACAAUGUUUAUGUGGGUGGUCUGUGUCAAUUUGACGUCCACAUGAAUGCCCGGCCCCAGGGUUUGCCAGCAGAACAUUGCCCAGAGCAUCACACUCCCUUCACCAGCUUGUUUUCUUCCCACAGUGCAUCCUGGUUCAAUCUCUUCCCCAGGUAAACGGUGAACACUUACCCGGCCAUCCACAUGAUGUAAAAGAAAUGGGCACUCUGACCGCUCUGUGGCUACACAGCCCCAUAUGCAGUGUUAUGACACAUUCCUUCCAUAAACAUCAUUAAAACAGAAUUAAAAUAUUUUUUAAACUUUUGCCGCAGUAGCACUUCUGUUGGUUUGGACCAGACGGGAUAGCCUGAUGGGCCUUGGGCACCCAACACGCCAGUUUGUAGUUUGUCCCUCCUCGGACUGGUAUCAGUAGGUACCACUGCUGGGAGCCUGGCCGUUUUGGAGAUACUCUGACCCAGUCGUCUGGCCAUAACAAUUUGGCCCUUGUCAAAGUCACAGGUCUUCACACCUGCCCAUUUUUUCCCCCUCCAACGCGUUGACUACAACAACCGUUCGUACUGUACUGUUCACUUAAAUGGUAAAUGGUUGGCAUUUAUAUAGCGCCUUUAUCCAAAGCGCUGUACAAUUGAUGCUUCUCAUUCACCCAUUCAUACACACACUCGCACACCGACGGCAAUUGGCUGCCAUGCAAGGCACCGGCCAGCUCGUCAGGAGCAUUUUGGGGGUUAGGUGUCUUGCUCAGGGACACUUCGACACAGCCCGGGCGGGGGAUCGAACCGGCAACCCUCCAACUGCCAGACAACUGCUCUUACUGCCUGAGCUAUGUCACCCAAAAUGUUACCAUCUAAUAUAUCCCAAACCUUGACAUGCACCACUGUUACGAGUUGAUCAACGUUAUUUGCUUCAUCAGUGAGUGGUCAUAAUGUUUCGGCUCAUUGGUGUAUGUAUACAUUUUUUUCAAAUUUUGUUUUAUAUAGGUCUGUCAGUUCUGGAGUUACCUCAUUUUAAGUUAAAGUUGUCUACUUGUCUAUUGUGGGUCUACUGCACAGUAUAGGAAUGUCCUAUAAUCAAUAAUGUUUACCUUGAUGCAUAAGUCCCUGUUGACUUAACCCUCGCUACUUAUUUGAAAUGUAUGUUGUCUGCAUUCUCUACCUCGUCAAGGUGGCACAGUAAAUCUGCAUAUGAAUGAUUGAGUUAAUCAGGCACCAUUGUUUUCUGUCAAUGAUCACUGACAGCCCCACACAGACACAUACACUGCUUGUCUUUUCCUAUCUGGUGAGAGAUAAAAUUUCAUUUCUCAUGGCACCGCUGAGUCUCCUGGUCGUCUCUUUGAGAAAACGCUUGGGCAGAACCCUUGAUAAAUUUGCACAGAAAUACUGUAAAAAAAAUAAUGCCAUUAUUGACGUUUAUUUUCCAAGAUAUGUAAAGUAGUGUGCUUAGUAAUAAUUCAAUGGAAUCAACCAAAUACUGAUUUGAAAUGUAUGUUGUCUGUAUAAUAAAUCCAGUGAUGUUGGGA